UGACAAUCUUUGUCACUGGCAUAGAGACCAAGCUAGCUCAGAUAAACAAACAAUAUUGAAAUAUAUAUAUAUAUAUAUAUAUGGGUUGAUUAAGGUUUCGGUCUCUAUCACUAUCAGUGGCGGGUAGAGGUGGCAGUAGAGAAAGAGCUUUGCUUCCUGUUUGAUCAGCCAGUUUUGCGCCACCCUUUCUUCCCGCCUAAUCUUUCCCCGCAAUCUAGCCUUUAUCGAUAGUGAGAGACAAGACAAUGAAAAUCUAAGACAUUAACCAGAAGCUGUAACUUUGUUUUUAGGGUUUUUUCUGCUUAUUUAAACCUACUUGGUCUCUAUUCUUCCAUUCCUCAACUUUUCCAUUUUCUUGGCUUGUCUUUCUUAUUUUCUCGGGAUCCAAAUAAUCCAGAAAAGUCGACAAUAAAGUUUUUGGGGACCAGAAAACAAGUUCGUGUUCAAUUCCCGAGGGCAGUACUGAUAUAAAUCUUACAAAUCACUGACAUUUUCUGCUCGGCUGUCCUUGUUUCUUCCCUGAUAUCUGUAACCUCCGUUCAGCUCCCUCUAUAGUUUGAAGUCGUGAGGAAGAUUGACACACAACCGAUCAGAUCCGUGGACUGCAAAUCUAAAGAUUUUUCUUUUCUGAUAAAACUUUGCAUGCAUGCAUGCCUAUAUGAUCAGUAUGACAAAUAAAUUUCAGGACCGAAGACCAAAAGCUGGACAAUAUGGAAACUUUUUCACACGUUCCCCCUGGUUUCCGGUUCCAUCCGACGGAUGAAGAACUUGUUGAUUACUACCUCAGGAAAAAGGUUACUUCAAGAAGGAUUGACCUCGAUGUUAUUAAAGAUGUCGACCUCUAUAAAAUUGAGCCAUGGGAUCUUCAAGAAAUAUGCAGAAUAGGGACAGAAGAGCAAAACGAUUGGUACUUUUUCAGCCAUAAAGAUAAGAAGUAUCCUACUGGAACUCGAACAAACAGAGCCACAGCUGCAGGGUUUUGGAAAGCCACAGGAAGAGACAAGGCCAUUUAUUCAAAGCAUGACUUAAUUGGCAUGAGGAAGACCUUAGUGUUUUAUAAGGGUCGAGCCCCAAAUGGUCAGAAGUCCGAUUGGAUUAUGCAUGAAUACCGCCUUGAAACUGAUGAAAAUGGAACUCCGCAGGAAGAAGGAUGGGUUGUAUGUAGAGUAUUCAAGAAGAAAAUUGCAAGCAUGAGAAAUAAGAUGAGUGAACACGAGUCACCAUGUUGGUACGAUGACCAAGUCUCCUUCAUGCCAGACUUGGACUCACCAGGGCACAACUCUAGCUCUAUGAACAUGAACAUGGUGCCAUACCACCAGCUUCCUAGUUAUGCAUGCAAGAAAGAGCUUGAUCACUUGCCCUUCCAGGUUCCCCACGAGCACUUCUUCCAGCUCCCUCUUCUCGGAAGCCCAAAACUACUUCAAUCAUCAUCAGCCACAGCUGUGAGCAGCUCCAACUCCAUGGCACCUCAUGCAUAUGGUAUCGACAUUAACCACGCUUGCACUUUUCAGCCAUUAGAUCAAGACCAAAACUUUCAUGGUGUAGUCUAUGGUAACAAUAGUAAUGAUGAUCAUCAGCGAACAGUAGAUCAACUGACUGAUUGGCGAGCGCUGGACAAGUUUGUAGCUUCACAACUUAGCCAGGAUGACGCCUCAAAGGGAAAUAGCUACUCAUGAUAUUACAUGCCCUGUUAAUAAAAUGUCUAUAUUAUGUAUUAGACAAAUAUGGAUUAAUACUCAAACAUUCGUAAGGAAGCGACACCAUAUGAAAUUAAUCAUUUAGUAGUGUAUGUGUGUGUGUAUAUAUAUAUAUACAUACUGAUCAUAGGAUUUAAGUACAUUAGGGAUAAUCGAGAGGAUAUUGAUCUCAACAUUUCCCUGUACAUAAUAAAACUACUGCAUCAACAUUGUAACUUAAUUAAACUCUAAACUUCUGUUUGUUUGAGUAGUAAGUUAACCCCAUCAAAUUAGUCAUCACUUUGAAAUUUCUACAUCUAGUUAGCAAGCGGACCGUGCAUGGAGCUGAGUUUGCUUGAAGAAAUGAAGUUGAUGAAGCAUUGUUUAUUUGCAUGUCAUGGGACUUUAUUAUGUGCUACCUAUAGCUAACAGCCAUGUACGCUGUUAACAAACUCGACCAGGUGGUCGAUUGAUUGUAGAAAUGUUACUUUGUAUGUCAACUGAAUGAUAUUAAUAUUACUAUAUAUAGUUGGAGUUCUAUA